AUGCAAAUAUUUUUGAAACAUCUAGUAAAAGAACUUACACAACUUGAACGAAUUGGUCUUCAAUACACACCCAUUUCUUCAUCUAACUGUGUUGAUCAAACUAUUCGUGUAUUUGUCAUAGUAGCUACGUGUGAUAGGCCAGCCACAUCGUUAAUUAUUAAUCAUACAGAAGCUGGUGGUUACUAUGGCUGCAUUCAUUGUGAGAACAUAAAGAUUGGUGGUGAUAAUGCUCGAGUAUUCGUGCAGAAUGAUAAUGAUGAUUUUGAAUUACGAUCGAAUGAUACAUAUGAUGAAGCUGUUGCACUAUUACAACGAUCAUCAAGCGAGGAAAGACGUAAUUCUAUCACAUCCAUUAAUGACGGAUUAGACGGAUUGCGUGGUCCGUGCGAAUUACGCACAUUAAAAUAUUUUGACGUUUAUCAAUCUAUUUUAUCAGAUACUCUUCAUACACUUUAUGAAGGUGUAAUGAAACAGCAAGCAAAGCCUGUUAUUCACGCAUUAAAUCAUUUUGCAGAUAGUAUUAGAAAUUAUGGACCAGCUUUUCGAUAUUCCACUUUUGAAUUUGAAGCUACAAUUGGUACACUCACUCGAUUAAUUCACAGUGGAAAUAGUCCAACAAUUGAAUUGCUAAGAAACUUGGAUCUCUUACAGCAAACGUGGCUAGCCACAUCUGAUUCAUCUUUACCAUCUGAACUGAAAAUAUUUGAUUAUCAAAUUAAUGCUAGUACGAGAUAUGCAAUUCCUUCAAGAUUGUCGCACCUAAAUCAACAUAUUACUCGAUUUCACAAAAAGGUUCAUCUAGGUUCACUAGCUCCUGAUGUUAAAAAAUUUGUGACUAAAUAUACAGGUGGACAAUCAUACAAUCUAUAUAAAACAGUAUUUGUUGAACAACAACGAUUCACAUCUGAUCGUAUUGAUAUUUUUCGAAGGACACAUGAUGGGUGUUUAAUGUACAAUAGAAAGAAUAUACCAGCAAUUGGUUUUUUGGAAACAAUUAUUUCUUUUGAUAAUGGUAAUGAACCAGUUCUUGUUAUUCGACCAGUCAGUUUACUUGCAACAGCAGACACCAUGUCAAUAAAUCAUCGAAUAUAUAAAUGUACUAACGUAUUAUAUGGAACAUAUCAUGGAACAACAUUAGAAGUUACUAGUUUAGAUUGUAUUAUUCAAAAGCUUGCUUUUCGACGUGGAAUUAAUGUCAAAUUUCCUCCUAUUCCUAAUUCUAUGUUUUUUUUUCAGUAUCCCAAUCGAAGUGGAAGUACUUAG